AUGACCUCGCAGGAGCUCCGUGACUUGGUGGCUUCUUACUGGACUUUCUCUAAGAUGAACGCUGUGGUGUUGAAUUCAGAAGGAAAUCGCCGCAGAGGAAUGAGCUUCUACGGCGCCCAGGUAAACGUGACGUCACAAGCAUUUAUUCCUAAAUGGAUGGAGAAAGUAGUUACAUUGCCCGACGGAAGUAAGACCAUUCGCUACUCAGGGAUGGACUACUACGCGCUGACCGCCAUAGCUGAUGCUCUAAACUUUUCCAUUAACAUCAUACCGACGGCCAGUUUCGAUGAGGCAACUGACAAAAUUGUGGAGGGAGUUUCGUCUCUAGUGGCCAUCGGGUUUAGCAUCAUACCGGGGCGUCUGGAACGGUAUGAUUUCACAAGAGCCUUUGGCACCUACAAAACUUCCUUUGCGAUGGCUAAUCCGAAACCUCAACCGAGCUGGUAUAGCCUCGUCUACCCGCUCUCAUAUGAAGUGUGGCUGUCCAUUGGGGUCGCCUUGGCUGGUACAUCUCUCGUGUUGACACUGCUGACCCACUACGCCGAGGGGGAGCAGUACCCCGGCUUGAGUUCCACCGCCCAAGUCGUCUACAAGAUCCUGCUGGGACAAGACCUCGUCCAGCGCUUCGUCAGGGCCCCCUCAACCCGACUCAUGAUCUCCUGCUGGUUGGCGUUCUCCUUGAUCAUAGGUGCGGCUUACAGGAGCAACUUGACGACCUACUUGACACUGCCCAAGGAACCACCCAGGAUAGAGACGAUUAGGGAGAUGGUUGAGCGCGUCGACAGGGUUAUCCUACCACCCUACGCGAAAGACUGGAUCAGUUUCUUCCUCAAUUCUGAAUCCGAAAUCUACAGACAACUCGGGGAAAUUAUACACGUGGGAGCGGCGAUCGAGGAGGAGAUGGCGAGGCUAGAACACAAAGAGUCAUCUCUUGUUGAAUAACAUCAUCGCCAAGAACUUCACGGACGCGACCGGAAGGGGGAAGCUCUACGUCGGGAAAUUCUACCUCCUCAUAACCUUCAGUGCUUGGCCGAUCCCACACGACGCUCCUUACAAGCAACAGUUGGAUAAAUACCUACUGGCUUUCACCGAGAGCGGUCUCUUUUUGAAGUGGGAGAGAGAUACCUUCAUGGAGGCGGAGCGGGAGAACCUCAAGAAGCAACAGGAAGCGAAGAAGCGAUCUGGGGAAGCGAAGGCAGACGGAAGCACAAGCAAAGCACUCACCAUCAAGCACUUUCAGGGACCUUUCUUGUUGCUCGUUCUCGGACACGUGUUGGCUUUGAUCACUUUUUUGGUCGAAUUGCUUCUCCAGUGCAGGGUCUUCGGAUGUUGAUGUGGAAGUUUGUCGCUGAAUAUUUUUUCUUAUACACAACUCGAUGUCACAGAAGUAGGUGAACUUAUUAUCGUGUUACUCCAGCUCUAUCCACACACAUUUUUUCUCAGAGUUGGUUCGUGUGUGCA